AUUCAAUUCAAUUCCAUCCCAGUUUAGCGAAAAAACAAAACAAGAUUGAAAAUUCCGAGUUGGGGUAUUUCAGUUCACCCCUUUUCCAACUAACCAAUCAACUCCGAUUCAGCUAAGAAAAUACUUUUCAAGGUGAAUAAUUAAGAGGUAGAUAGAGAGGAUGGGGGCAAUGAUAUCGCGGUUCUGGUUCAUGUUAUUCCCUGCUAAGGAGUAUAAGAUUGUGGUUGUUGGGUUGGAUAACGCUGGAAAGACAACCACCCUUUAUAAAUUGCAUCUCGGUGAGGUUGUCACUACCAACCCUACUGUUGGUAGCAACGUCGAAGAGCUUGUCUACAAGAAUAUACGAUUCGAGGUCUGGGAUCUUGGCGGACAAGAAAGACUGCGGACAUCAUGGGCAACAUAUUACCGAGGAACUCAUGCUGUAAUUGCGGUGAUAGACAGCAGUGAUAGAGCCAGGAUCUCUAUUAUGAAGGAUGAACUUUUCAGGUUGUUGGGGCAUGAAGAAUUACAACAUUCUGUCAUUCUUGUCUUUGCUAAUAAACAAGAUAUCAAGGAUGCUAUGACUCCUGCUGAGAUCACCGAUGCACUAUCCCUUCACAGCAUCAAGGAUCAUGAUUGGCAUAUACAAGCUUGCUGUGCCCUCUCAGGAGAAGGGUUGUAUGAUGGUCUUGGAUGGAUUGCCCAGCGAGUAACCGGCAAAGCACCAACAUGAUUUUGGGUUAAUGGAAACUUACGACGAGAUUCAUUUUCAAUGUAUUGAACUUAUAUGACGAGUGACAAAAAUCUAUGUAUCAUUUAUACUUCAAAGAAGAGUCAAGCCAAGCUGGUUUUUGAUUUGCUGUGAAGAAAAAUAUUAUUCGAUAACCGUUUAAGACACACAUUUCCCCAAAUUGCUAUAAAAAGAAACCCCUGCAACCAAUCCAGGGCUUGGUCAGAAAUGAAUUCACAAAAUCAUCAAGUAUUGGAUAUAAAAUCCCAAGAACUUGUUAGCUUGGUGAGAAAUGAAUUCACGAAAUCAUCAAUCUUUCAAUUCUGCAGUCCAUUAAGUGUACUUGUACAAAAGAAGG